CAUCAUGCCACCCAAAGAGGUCAAGGAAGAGCUUGACCUUGACGAGAAGAAGGCUCAGCUCGCGAUCAAAUUCAAUAAUGCUGCGCGUCAGUUCGCUGCUCUCGCCGAAGUGCUUUCCAAAGCUGUAACCGAAGUGCCAAUCGACGAGUCGACUGUUAACAAUCUCACGGACCUUUUGAACGCGGCAAUCGCGAAACCGUCGCGUAAGCGCAAGCUUGUCGCGCUUGAGAUCGGCGAGGAUGGUGUUCCCAAAAAGAGGAAGCGUGAAAAGAGAAUCAAGGACCCGAAUGCACCCAAGGGUCCUGCUUCGGCGUACAUCCUGUUUCAAAAUGACAUUCGUGCCGCGUACAAGAAGGAACAUCCAGAUAUGUCCAACAAGGAGCUGCUCAGACUCAUCGGUGACCAGUGGAAGGCAUUAGCCGAUGACAAGAAAGAUUUCUAUCGCGAAAAGCACGGCAAUGCGAAGAAGAAGCAUGAAGUUGACCUUGCUGCCUACAACGCCCAGAACCCCGACCACGUCCCUGCAGAGGUCGGGAAGAAGAAGAAGAAAGAAGAGGCAUCAGAAUCUCCUGUAAUCAAGGAAGUUGCGAAGGCUGCGCCCAAGAGUACUAAGAAGGCUGCUGCUCCCGUACGCUCUUUUGUGCGAGUUCUGACAUGUGCUGAUGUUGUUAAUCAGAAGGCUGCCAAGGUGGUUCCGAAAUCUAAAGAAGUUGUUGAAAGCUCGGGCUCUGAGGCAGAGGAUGCGUCGGAAGCAGAAGUUUCAGAAGCAGAUUCAUCAGGCGAGGAACCAACGCCGAAAGCCGACGUUAAGGCGACCUCAGAUGAAGAUUCUGAGUCCGGUUCGGAUGAUGAUUCGGAUUCUUCCGCGGAUGAAGCUCCUCCCCCUCCUCCCCCAAAGAGGUCCAGAAAAUGAUCAUACAACAAGAUAUUUAUCAAGAGUUCCCCUCUGAAUCCGUUCAUUUUGAUGUUGUCUGCAUGUUGGUUUAUCUCCGCUCUUCUUCGUAUGAUACAUAUCCUCCACUAUUCUAUCGUCAGCAAGCAUAUGACUAUUGGUUUUCUGAUUACUAUACAUACUAUUCUUCAGUGAUCUUACUUCGGGCCGUUGGUCGGACUCACUGCAUAUUGUAAACACAGCAAUCCUGUGCCCACAAUUCAAUGUACAUGUGUCACUUAUUAUAUGCGUG